AACAAUAGUGCCAGCAGAACUAGUACGCUGCAACUUCAGCAGCAUCACGUCAGCAGCAGCAACCAAAAUGCUAAUCUUGUCGGAAGCAGCUCGUCUUCUGGAGGUACGUCUGUUGGAGGUAAUGGUGCAAGAGAGCAAACAGAAACCGAAGCUUCGGGUAAUGGAUCCAAUCCAGGUUCGCAUUGCAAUUGGCCAC